GCGAGAGUUUGUCACACGCUUCCAACCAAUGGCUGAGCGCGUGAGAGUGACGUCAACAGCAGCGCAGCAGAUUUGAAUUGUUUGUGUGUUUUGGUCGCUGUUUGAAUGCAGAGCAGAAAAGAAGAUUUGUGAGUCUCCAGAGGAACUUUAGGUCUGAUCCGGAUCAAUCUGUUGAACCAGUAGCGGGAUGGACAGACGAGCUUACAGCGAUCUGUUCUUUCUGACUGAUGAGAAGUUUGACUUCGAUGUCACUCUGUCACCUGCCAGCUCCAAAGGUGAUGAAGAUGAAGAUGAGGUGUUCGUGGGUCCGGUCAGCCAUACGGAGAAGUGUGUCUCCGUUUACGUGGCGUCCCGGCUUGAGGAAGUCGGCGGCAGUGGUGGUGGCAUGCGGCCGAACUGGAGUCCACUGAGUGGAGAUCAGUUGGAGGCUAUGUGUCAGGAAGCCCACAGUCUAGCCGACCAGCUGCAGUGCGGUGGUGAACUGAGCCAGCCAGACGGCGAGAACGCCAAGACCACCACCAUGACCACAGACGCCACAACUGACAGGGAUGACUUCGUCCAGGACGCCGAGUCUAAAUUGGGUGUGCUCGAUCAGACCGCCAGUGCACUCGAUCAGACCGCCAGUGCACUCAGCGCCAUCAAACGGCAGACCUUCUGUGUGCAGGACAGUCCCAUGAAGCAGCUGCCGCCCGCUGUCCAGCGCCGCCUGCUGAGAGGAAGUAGUUCGAACACAGCUUCAUCCACCCGCUCUGCCAACACAGCUUUAUCCACCCGGCACUCCGCCGUUGGCACAGCUUCAUUCACCCGCCCUGCCAACACAACUUUAUCCACCCGGCAGUCCGCCGUUGGCGCAGCUUCGUCCACCCGCCCCGCCGCCACUGCCAGACACGGCACCUCCAGCCCCGUGGUCGGGGUCAAGCCUCAGCCCAGGACGGGGCUGCGAAGAAAAUCCACACUCGGUGUGGUGCUGCCGAGCAAACCGGCUGCCCCAACAACGUCAGUCUGUUCAACCAGCAAGAGCAGAGUGGAGAAACCCAGAAUGCAACCACCGAGCAAAGUGGUGGGGGGUUGGAGGCAGGGCCCGUCCUCUCGCCCCUCCAGCAGAGCGGGGUCAUGUGAGGAUCUGCUCUCUGAUUCGGCGAGCGUGGCGUCCGACAUCAGCGACUCCUCCCUCAACUCCAGCAUUCUGGGAAAACGCACAAUGGCUCUGCCCACCAAGGGUGCUGCGAGGAAUCUGUCAGGUGUGAAAGCUCCGGCCCUUCAGGGAAGGAGUGUGAUGGAGAGGAGGAACACAUCCUCAUCCUCAUCCUCAGUGUCCAGCUUCAACUCCAGCUACUCUCAGUCCCCCGCUAAAGGUAAACUGAACUCUCUGAACCAGAGUCUGAGCAGCUCCAUCGGCCCCACCCCCAGCAGCAUCAGCAGACCGGCCAAUCACAGCAGACUGCGCCGCUCCACCGUCUACACCGCGGCAGAGCCAGCGUCCACCACCGCUGGCCGCCGCUCGCUGUCCACCCAGGCAAGGAAGCUGUCCGAGGUGGAACGUGUCAAAGCCGCGAGGUCCACACCACUUAAGAGAGCUGUGUCCACACCCCUCCAGAUGACGCCUGCCAAGAGGGUUUCAGAGAGGAUUGCCUCCAUCCCCGCCUCCGCCUCGGCCCGGAGCGGAUUUAUGAACAAAUCCAAACCAGAGGCCCUGGUCCUACCGACACCCAGCGGAGGAGUCGGAGGAGUCUGCCAAGGAGACGCUCCAGACGUCUCAAAGAUGUUGAAGCCAAAGAGGCUGUCAUUAGUGAGCAGUCUGGACAGUCUUCCUCAGAAGCCUUCUGCUGUUCCUCUGACGCCCUCUGCUGGAAGCUGCAGGUCGCUGCAGGCGAAGACGCUGCGUCCUUCCGCCCUCCCCACCCCAGUGAGGCGCACAAUGUUGUCCGGCAUCCCUAUCGCCACGCCCACCAGACCGCCACCCACUUCUCAAUCUUACCCCGCCUCGGCCAGGAGAGAGAGAGGCUGCAGCCCCGCCCCCACAGACUCACAGGAGGCGGAGCCUGUUGAUGUCCCUGAAAUCCAGCCCUUCUGUCUGGAGGAGGAGGAGGAGGAGCCCCCUGCUGCCCCACCCACCAGCCCUCCACAGCCUGACCAAUCAGAGAGCACAGAUCCUGGAGCACCGAGUCAGGGCGAAUCGGAGCCCAGCAAGAACCUGAUCGAACUGGAAACUACAGAGGAGAGCAACAGCAAGACGCAGGAGUUUCUCCUGUUGGAUCUUCCAGCUCCGACUCUGCAGCCUCAAGAGAAACUGCUCAUCGAUUUGACCAACACCCCCGUACUGAUCCGGACCAGCAGCAAGACCUGCACCACAACUCAGCAGCUGAUCGACCUGAGCUCUCCGCUCAUCAGGUGGAGUCCAGAAGACAAGAGGGAGAACAACGCUCCACUCAUCAACCUGUCCUUCUGAUCCAGAUCCUCCUAAAGACCUGGAUCUGAUGGUCUCUGCAUUAAACUGGACUCAGCAGGCUUCUGUCUUCAGAAACUCUAAUAAUCCUAAUCCAGUUAAUUUAACGACAGAGUUUUUAUCAGUGAAGUCUUCACUGAAGCAGAGUAUUAUGUUUUAAAUGAUGAAAAUAUUCAAAGGUUGCUGAAGGUUUUCUGCAACUGAUUGUGAUUUUAUUUGUCUCCGUCUCUUGCUGCUCUUAUUGAUGUCUGAAUAAAUGUUGUUAAUGUCACGACUGUAAA